UAAAGUGGGCGCAGAAAUUUAUGUUUUUAUAUAACACUUUAACAACAUUUGUGUGAAUUUGCGCAUUCUUUUGCAUUUGCUUUUUUACUCGGUAAUUUAGCAAAAGCUGAUACCGAAAGUAAAAUUCCAAAAAAUAGCAACGAUUUCAUCCGUUUUUCCAGAAAAAAGAAGCAACAUUUAAGAAAAAGAAUUUCAGUUACGUGAAAGAGAAUUGAAAGUAAAAGAAGAAGAAAACCAUGUUCCAGAUAUUCAUGGACAAAAUGAAAAAGUGAUACAGUUUGGAUAGUUGGUUGCUUGUUUUUGUUACUUCUGUUGCUGUUGUUUCUUCACAAUUAAUGUUACUACUUACCUAUUGAAGGUCAGGACAUUAGAAGUGGUGGUUUGGCGUUCAGUAGACAACGUGUAUAUGGGUUAUCACCUUAGACGCAAACGAAAACAAUUCGAAAGGAGAAAACGACAUUCAAUUGAUUCACAAUUUUUUAAAUCCUGCAAAAAAACAUAUCAAUAUUUAAUGACAGAGAGAUUCCACUGUGUAUUGUCCUGCCAGCUCGGUUACACUAAUCAACUGAUGUAAGUAAUGUUACCUAUAACUCGACGAAAAAAAUACAUCUUUUUACUAGGUUUUUAGCUGGGCUUGUUAACUAUAAAAAUAGUUAAUGUAGUUAAACUCCACAGUUUUAAAAUAUCGUAGAAGAGUUAUUUAAAUUCUUAUGUUGUUUUUUAAUAGUUUAGCUGACGAAGUUCCGUUGAUAUCACUUGUCAAUUUAAUUGCUUAACCUUUCAAAAAUUUAUUUUGAAAAUAGUUUUGUACAUAUAGUGUUUAGUUUGCUCUUAGGUUCGAAAUUUUCUCCUUCCGCAAUAAUAUCGAUGUAAAAUACAGAACGGAACGAACAUCGUAACCGGCUGUACUGUGUGGUGGAAACAGAUAAAUAUUAAUACAUUAUUAAAUAAUAUUUUACAUAGAAAAAUUCUCUCGCUACCCAAUGUUAAAAAUAAUAUAUCGAGUAAUUGUGGAUUUCUAUAGCUAGAAAGUUCUUUACAUUAUAAACAUUCAUAUUAAAUUGAAUUAUGUCUAUAAACGCCAUUCGCUGCAAUAAAUCUAAAGUUAAUUGAUGGUCCUCUGCAAUACUGGAAUGUUCAAAUUACUACGUUGGUCUGUAUGUUUUUGAGAUUGGAAAUUUGAAAGUAUGUUUUCCUAGGUUAAUAUAUUAUAGCAGACUAUUUUUAUCGACUCUUUUUAGAGAUGUCUUGGUUGAUAAAAAAUCAGACAUCCACAUAAGAUAUAUAAUGUAUUGAGCUCUCUCUAGCCAGUGGGUGUUUACGAAUCAAGCAUAUAUAACAGAAGAAGCUGCAAUAAGUGAGGCAGUACUAACACGUGACAUGCACAACAUAACAUAUAUUUUGUUUACAUAAAUGGUAGCUUAAAAAGCUAUGAAAAUUAUGACAGCCUUAUACUCUAAACGUUGUUGGCGACAAGGUAAGAAUUUCACGCGUGCAAGCGCAAAAAACAUCUAACAAUUCUACGAUUCUUUUGGUUGUAUAGAGCUACAAAAUUUUAUGAUUAAAGGUAUUGUAACCGUUCACUCUUAGGACCCAUGUGAUUGUAAAAAGCACAAAAAUUAGAUUAAUGGCGGUAUUAUAAACCUUCUUCUAUAGGACCCAUUUGGGCGUAUAAAAGUAUGUUUCCUGUUGCCAUGUUUUAUUUUUUUAAGCAUUCACCCUUUCAUAUCUAAAGAAUUAAUUUUGAUGGCAUCAUUUGAAUCUAAUAUUUUGUCAUCUUUGUACGAAAGUUUUAUUAAAAUUAGUAUGUACUUAGAAUAUUGCAUUUAAAGAUUUCCCACUAAGGAAAAAUAUAACAACGUGAUUGGGGUAAUAACUUGGAUUAAUAUUUCGUUUAAAUCAGGUCUGUAUUUUAUUCCUAGGAACUACAUAUCGUCUUAGCAACACCUUAGUAACCACCUCGUCACCAAUACACCUUUAAUGAAUUAUUAUAUAAUCAAUACAACAUUAUAAAAUACAUAUACAUGUAUAUCAACAAAAUUUUGAUAAAAGUUACCUCAAUAUGAUAAAUACAAUACUCCUCUGAAAGUACAAACUUUUUUUAAAACUUUCAUCACAAGCCCCAAAGCCCCAAAAUAAUUCCAAAAUUUCAGCUUAAUUACAUUCCUAACAAACGUUGUCACUUGUCAAUAAAGUGACUUAGUUGAUAUGAUUCAAACUUCAGCGUGCAAACCAUUUAUUCUGUUAAACAUAUAUUGGUUGAUAUAAUGUUAUAAUUUUCGCAAACGCUUUACUUUUUUCUUUCGUGUGAGAGCGCAACUUGCAAACUUAGAAUUUCGUAAGCGUGCCUUUGAAAAUAACACCGACAUAAUAACCUUUGUCUGUCUGUCGGUCAAAACGGGGUCAUUUUUAACUAUACAGAAAAUAUUUAUGCUACAAAUAAAAAAGCGUAUAGUUUUAUUGACUUUGCUGCUACGGACAAAUUUCUAUGGAUUUUACAAUGGCAAACAGCUACUCUGUAUAAAAAGACGCUGUGGUCUGUCAGUUAUACCAGGCUAUUUUGCGUUAAAGAUGCGAUUUUCAGGCUGUGCAAUAUAUGUCUAAUAAUUCCCUUUGAUUUGGGCUACUGACUAGUUUCAUUCAAAUGCCCCUGAGAAAAUUUUAUGCUGUACAAGCUGACACAUUGUGAUUCUCAGUCUUUUCAAUAGAAUAUUAUAACGAAAGUCGGCUAACUUCUAUUACUUUAGGAAUUAAAAUAUUUAUGACUAUUAUUACCAUUCUUUUCGUUGAAAAAAAAUUAUUAUUUAAGCGCUGUUAUUGAAAGAAAAAAUGUAAAUGCAACUGUGAAAUUCUUAGUUUGAAAUCAAUACUAUGUUUGUUAAGUAUCAAUGAUUUGUAGGAAACUUUUAAGAUAUCCUAAUUUCCAAAAAAAUAGCAACGGAAAACGAAAUAAUCACGUUCAUAUUCGCAGUCAAUCCAAUAUGAAUACGAAUUUCGAAUUCUUUAUCAGCCAAUUGAAACUCUUUGAAGAAUUAUUUUGCCAAUUUAAAAAAAAUGUGUAUUGUAAAUUUUCAAGUUCAUACUGAUAAUUAUUUUAUUUUGUAGCUUUAUCAUCUGCCUAAAGCGAUCACCAUAUGAGAGAUAGAGAGAUGUUCCUUCUGGCACACGCGCACACACACACGCACGCACGCCACAGUCAAACACAAAAAUCCUGAUCAUCUAACACAAGUACUUACCAUGCUGUGUUUAUCUAUACAGAUGAAGCUUGUUGAACUGAGAUGACUCAAGUAUGAAAUGUUGUAGAUUUUUCUAAAAAGAUAUUAAUACACAACAAACCAUGAACCAACGUCACUGGUUGUUCAUAUUUUUGCAAACUUAUCGAUUCUUCGUUUACCAAUCAAGCAUUUCAGCAGGAGAAGCUGCAACUAGUCAAGCAAUAGAACCAUGUGAUAUGAACAACAAGUCAUUGUAUGAAGCCAGAGAUUGUUUAAAAUACUUGCACAAUAUAACCGGAAUAAAUAAGAAUUAUUCUGAAAGACUUAUUCGUAAUAUGAUCAGACAUUACUUAAAGUCGUCCAAUUUCGAUGUUGGAAGUAAGAUAACUUACGCACAAAGAAGUACGUACCUUUGUUUAACCAGUUGGUUUUAUGAAUAUUUUAACCAUCCAGUUCUAAUCAUCACAGAUAGCAGUACAGAAAGACAUGUUAGUGAAUUUUUAGAAAAACAAAAUAGUCAAAUAAAUUUGUUUUCGUACAAAUACGCAAACAAUACUGUGUUUGCAGAUAUCUUACACUGGAAGGUGGAAGGAUAUAAAUUAUUUGUCUUUCUCUGUUCUUUAAAAUGUAGUACAGAUAUUAUAACAAUGGCGGCUAAUGCUGAUUUUCACGACAACAAAUAUAUUUGGGUAACUGAUAAAAGAGAAAUAUUUUCAUACAUUAAUCUUCCUGAAAAUAUGUUGUUUGUUGAUGUAAAUUCAUGGCAGGGACCUAAUCCAACGUUUGUGGAAUGCAGUUAUAAAGAAAUUAAGCAGAUGUUGAAGACCAAAACUUACGGACUAACAAUUCACAAAACGCAUUUGGAAACAUUUCCAGACAUGUAUUACCUGUCCAAAAAAAGCAGUUGGUUGUCACUUUCAAGUGAGUGCUGUGAUAUAACUACAAUUUAUCUUAGCGAAAUAGAUCUUUCUUAUCGAAAGUAUAAGACGAUUGUUAACAUUGUUACAAUAAUUGAACCACCAUUUACAACAUUGUCCAGGGUAAAACCAACUUUAUCUGGAAAGAUAUGCGAUAUUGGGAAGUUAUGUUGGGUACAUAAAAUGCUUAAUGAAACAUUUAAGGUUAAAGUACCGUACUGUUGCAUUGGAUUUUGUAUGGACUUAUUGAAUGAAAUUGAAAAAGAUUUAAAUAUUGAAUCUAAUGUGUACUUGGUGGAAGAUUCUGUUUAUGGAUUGGAAUUAAAUGGAACUUACAAUGGGUUAAUAGAAGAUGUGCUUCAUGGAAAAGCAGAUGCUAUUUUAGAACCUAUCACAAUGUAUGAAUGGCGUUCUAAAGUUAUCGAAUUCUCUGAGCCUUAUUUAACAAGUGGGAUAAGUAUUGCAACUGUUAUGGAGAGCAACGGGCAUUCGUUUUUUAAUUUCACUUUGUUUUUUCCAAUCUCUCUAAAUUUAUGGAUAAGCACGUUUGCUAUUGCCAUGAUUGUGAGUUUCUUUUUAUGGCGUAUAGAAUAUUUUGUAGCUAAAAAAAACAUUUAUCCAUGGAGGGAGAGCAUUUUGUAUCAAAUUGGAUUGGUAUUUCAGCGCGAUAUGGGAGGAAAAAAUCCGAUGUUUAUCAGCACUAGAAUUAUUGCGCUGUGUGGUGCAUUGUUUAUGAUGAUCUUGAUGUCAUCGUACACAGCGAUGUUGACUGCAAAUAAAGUCAAGUAUUCCCACAACUUGCCAAUCGCUGGCUUCAAAGACGACAAGAUAACAAGCCCGACAAACGAUUUUAUUUACGCAACGCUAGCAAAUUCUGGUAUCAGUCAAAUGUUUCGCGACAGUAGUAGUGCAGACUGGACGACCAUGUAUGGUUUUAUGAAAAAACAUAAUUUUGUUGACACAGAAAAUGCAUUUAAAGACUUAAAGUCAGGAAAAUUAAACGCUAUAAUACAAGACACAACCAUUUUGCAAUACUACGCCAGCAUCGAUCAAAACUGCGGCAUUCAGAUAGCUGGUGACCCAAUUCCGGAUGCUGGGUAUUCUAUAGCUAUGCCUAAAGGCUCGCCAUUGAAAUCAAAAUUUGAUAAUUUGAUUCGAGAAUACAAAACUCGUGGAUUAAUUAAAAAACUGGAAGAACGUUGGUUGCCAAACAGUUGUCUUAGUAAAUCACAAGAACAUACAAUUGAUCAAGCAGAAAUAAACUCAUUUGGUGGACUAUUUGUAGUACUAAUUGCUGCGUGUUUUCUUGCAAUUGCGAUUUUUAUUGCUGAACAUAUGGUAUGGGCAUGGUACAACUCCCGAAUCGUCCAUUUAAAUUCUAUUCAAAUUUCUGUUAAAAGCGGUGUCCUUUGACACUAUGCGCGAUGCAAAGUUCACAAGAAAUUCACAGAUUUUUUUACGUUUUUUAAAAGCCAUUAGAUAAUAUAUUCUGAGGGCUGACGUCUAAGUGGCUCUUGAAUUUUAUAAGCCAAUCAUCUUUAGAGGAUAUGGAAACAUAAGAAGCACGAAGAAACUUCAGUAUUCUUGAGAGAAAGUAGAAAAACAUGUGUUGCGAAAACUAGCUAAAAUCAUAAGAUAUACAUGCGCCGUUAUAACCAUGGCACAACUAAUGUUAAAGAAAACGUGUCUGAAAAUUUCAAGUCCAUCCAUUGAUGUUUGCACAGUUUAUAGGCCUUUAUUUCUGACAUAGUUUUAAACAAAAUUUCUGUAAAAAAGCGGGCAAAAGCCAUUAUGAAUGUUUUGAUUUGCUGAAUGAUUCUUUUGUUUCAUUUCUACGUUAAAGUUUGUUUAUUUAAGAUCUCUUAUCGAAA